AUGGCGGCCGUACAGGGUGGUAUGGUCGACGCGAAAGACGAAACGGACAUUAAAAAAGAACCGACGAGUGAUGGCUUCGGAAAUAAUCACGCGAACGACGCAAGAGUGCUCACGGCGUCCCCCGGUUCGAGCGCUGCGGCCGGAAACAACAAACCAGCGGCGGGAGCCCCCGAGGAACAGCAGACCCUUCUGGCUGUGCUGCAGUUCCUCAGAAAGAACAAACUGUCAGAGUCCGCGGAAAUUCUGCGUCGCGAGGCGGGAUUGCCGGAGGAGGUUCUGGAUCCGAAGGGAUCUGAUUCCACCGGUUCUGGACAAGGGGGCAGUACGGAGGUAGACGGCGAAGAUGCGAGCUCUCUGCUGAGCCGGGUGACCCUCCCUACCCCCGGCGGAGCUAAGGCGCCGAGCAAAGCUGGCGAGGAUCAGCCAGACGUCAACGUGGUGCUGUCAGCCUACAGCCAGCAGGGAGAUCCGGCUCUCUACGAAGUUUACUAUAGCGGCCUGAAGAAGUUCAUCGAGUCUGUUCUGGACUGUCACAGAGCUGAACUGUCUCAGGUCUUCUACCCUCUGUUUGUGCACAUGUACCUGGAACUGGUUUACAACAAUCAUGAAAGCGAGGCCAAAGCUUUCUUUGAAAAGUUUAGUGGAGACCAGGAGUGCUACUAUGAAGAAGACCUACGCAUUUUGUCAAGCCUGACCAAGAAGGAGCAUAUGAGAGGGAAUGAAACCCUGCUGGAUUUCCGCACCAGCAAGUUUGUUUUACGCAUCUCCCGGGACUCCUACCAGCUGCUGAAGAGACACCUGCAGGAGCGGCAGAACAACCAAAUAUGGAACAUAAUCCAAGAACAUCUCUACAUCGACAUCUUUGAUGGCAUGCUGCGGAGCAAGAGCCAGAUCGAUGCCAUGUCAGGCAGCUUGGCUGGAGAGGCCAAACGAGAAGCAAACAAGGCUAAGGUUUACUACGGUCUUCUGAAAGAGCCAGAAAUUGAGCUUCCCCUUGAUGAUGAGGAUGAGGAAGCAGACAAUGAGGAGGGUAAACCCAAAAAGAAAAAGCCCAAAAAGGAUAGUACCGGCUCCAAAAGCAAGAAGCAGGAUCCAAACGCUCCCUCACAGACGAGGAUACCUUUACCAGAGCUAAAAGACUCAGACAAGCUGGACAAGAUCAUGUACCUGAAGGAGUCCACUAAGAGAGUUCGAUUGGGACCAGAUAACCUGCCCUCCAUCUGCUUCUACACUUUCCUAAACGCAUACCAGGGUCUAACUGCAGUCGACAUGACGGAUGACUCCAGCCUGAUUGCAGGAGGCUUUGCUGACUCUACGGUACGUGUGUGGAGUGUCACGCCGAAAAAGCUCCGCAAGGUCAAGACUGCAGCAGACUUGAAUCUUAUUGACAAAGAGUCAGACGAUGUGCUUGAGCGGAUUAUGGACGAUAAGACAGCCAGUGAGUCAAAGUGCCUUCAUGGACACAGCGGACCAGUGUAUGGCAUCAGCUUCAGCCCAGACAGAAACUACGUGUUGUCGAGCUCUGAAGAUGGCACAGUCAGGCUGUGGAGCCUUCUAACAUUCACCUGUCUGGUGGGAUACAAAGGCCACAACUACCCAGUAUGGGACACCCAGUUCUCCCCUUAUGGGUAUUAUUUUGUCUCAGGGGGACACGACCGGGUUGCCCGCUUAUGGGCAACAGAUCACCACCAGCCUCUGCGGAUAUUUGCUGGCCACCUGGCCGACGUCACUUGCACUCGCUUCCACCCCAACGCCAAUUAUGUGGCCACAGGUUCUUCUGACCGCACCAUCCGUCUGUGGGACGUCCUCACUGGAAACUGCGUCCGUAUUUUCACCGGCCAUAAGGGUCCAAUCCACGCCUUGGCUUUCUCUCCAAACGGAAAGUUUUUGGCCUCAGGAGCCACUGAUGGUAGAGUCCUUUUGUGGGACAUUGGUCAUGGACUGAUGGUUGGAGAGCUCAAAGGCCACACAGAUACCAUCUAUUCCCUCCGAUUCAGUAGGGAUGGAGAAAUCCUCGCCUCCGGUUCUAUGGACAACACUGUUCGCCUGUGGGAUGCCAUGAAAGCAUUUGAUGAUUUAGAGACUGACGACUUCACUGCAGCUACGGGACACAUCCAUCUCCAGGAUAACUCCCAGGAGCUUUUGUUAGGCACCUACAUGACUAAAUCGACUCCUGUAAUACACCUUCACUUCACACGGAGAAACCUGCUUCUGGCUGCAGGAGCAUAUAAUCCAUAACAGGACUGGACCAUGAGUGGGAUCAUUUAAAGCUCCGCAUCUUGUUCAAAUAAAACACUUCAUCAGUUUAUUUUGUGGCAAACAGACAGACAAGGUAGUAGUAACUGGUUGACAAAACAGGUACCCACACAACAAGGCUAACUGUUGCAGUUAAAACUGCCUAAUGGACCUUUUAAUAAAUCACUGCCAUAAUUUCAGUUUACCUCAAGACAUGGCUUUCAUCUU